CUCCCGCCUCAGGAAACCCCUGCAGUCCACGUGGCCCGGGGGCCUCGUGCCCGGCUGGUCCAAUGGGAGCGCGUCCCGAACCCCGGGCUUAGUAUCUUUAAACCCCCGGCAGGGUCUCCACCAGGCACCUGGCCGCACGCGCUGUCCCGGCAGGUGAGAACCUUUAAGGAAACUGGGACUUAAAGGCGGACUUACGGGAGCAGGGCUGGCGGCAACAGGUCCCCCAGACCCCCGCCCCCCGCCGGCCUCGCUAGCGCCCCCCGGAGCAGACGUCUUCCUGUCCUGCUGCCUCCUCCCUAGCCUCUCGGAAGCCUCCCGGGUGGUCCCCACAUAAAUCAUUCCUGGGCCGGCUGGGGAGCAGGGCUGCGGGGGGAGGGCAGCGCGGGCGGUGCUGGCCGAAGCGGGAGCGGGACCGGGACGGGGCGCACGGGAUGCUGCCUUGAGUGACUGACCCCACUGGAGAUCGUGCAUGCCAUCCAGGCUAGUCCUCCCCUCCUUCCGCCUCUUCUACACAGAAACUCGCACUCUUGGCUUAUCUGUGCUCCUGGCUUACCCACGGCUCCCAGAACCCCUGAGGCGGGAGGCCCCCACUUCUACCUCAUGCGUGGAGCACCUUGCUAGCCAUGACCCUGUCACUCGGCGUCCUGCUGUUGCUGGGGCUCUGCCAGAGUACCAUUUCAGAGGAGCCCUCGUCCUCCCCAAACAGUACCAAUGAUGGUCUGAAGUUUCAGUUGCCCACGCCGACCUAUGAGACCAAAGACGAUUACACACCUAGGUCCAUCGGCAAUCUUUUUAAAAUGGUGCGCAUCUUCCUCUACGUGGUGCAGCCCAACUUUUUCCCAAAGGAUCUUGUAAGAAAAGUACUACAAAAGAAGUUUGAACUCUCAAUGGAUUAUGGGAAGCCAGAAAGCGUGGUGUUGACUCUGCAGGUCAUCCAGUAUGAGAUCGGGAUUCUUUUCGGUGUUGUCCUGGGAUUGCUCUUUGUCAUCCUCAUGCCGCUGGUGGGGCUCUGCUUCGGUCUGUGCCGCUGCUUCAACAAGUGCGGCGGAGAAAUGCACCAGCGACAGACGAGGGACGGGCCCUUCCGGAGGAAAUACUACGCCCUCGCCCUCCUGAUCCUCUGUGUGCUUAUGAGCAUUGGUAUCAUCUAUGGUUUCAUGGCAAACCGCUACCUCAGGACUCACAUCAGAAAGGCCCGGAAACUGGCCGACAGCAAUUUCAGAGACCUGAGGACGCUCCAGAAUGUGACUGUACUGCAAAUACACUAUGUGCUGGACCAGUACAACACCACAAAGGAAAAGGCCAUCUCAGAUCUGGACAAUAUUAAGACCUUGCUAGGAGGCAACAUUCAGGAACACGUAAAACUUAAAACGAUCCCCGUUCUUGAUGACGUCGAGGCCAUGGCAGAAGAGAUCAGAGACUCCAAAGUACUCCUGGUGUCCGUGAACAAAAACUUAUGGGAGUUAAAGAAAUCACCCGAAGAGAUCUACAGAGGCCUGCGGGAGGUGAAAAGAGACCUGGAGCAGUCCCUCAAGGACCCCGUGUGCUCUGAACCCGCCCAGCAUGCCAGGUGCAACUCCAUCAGAAUGUCUCUGGACCAGCUGGACAACAACACCUACCUGGGCCAGCUCAGAUUGUUGGAUAACGAAAUUAAUAACGUCAAUGGUGUUCUUCAGACAAAUCUAUCCAGCCUGGUCCAAAUGAGCUAUCAAUCCAUCAAUAAUAUACCCGAGAGACUGCAAAAACAAACCACGGAAAUAAUACCAGCUGUCAAAAGGACCUUGAAUUACAUUGGUUUAAAUAUCAAAAUGAUAGCAGAAAAGGUUCCCAUUCAGGAAAAGCUGUCAGUUUUCUUGGAUUCCAUCAAUGACCUUGAAAGUAACAUCUACCGGGAAUUGCCUAGGGUGGAAAAAUAUGAGUCAUACAGGUGGCUGAGUUGCUUGAUUAUCUGCUGUUUUCUGACUCUCAUCAUGAUUUUUUAUUACCUGGGCUUGUUGUGUGGCGUGUUUGGCUAUAAACAGAAUGCCACCCCAACCACACGAGGCUGCAUCUCAAAUACCGGAGGCACCUUCCUCAUGGUUGGGGUUGGAGUUAGUUUCUUCUUUUGUUGGAUAUCGAUGCUCUUUGUGGUUCUUACUUUUGUCAUUGGUGUAAAUAUGGAAAAAUUGGUCUGUGAACCUUACCAAAACAGGAAGUUAUUCCAGAUUAUGGACACACCAUAUUUACUAAAUGAGAAUUGGAAAUACUAUCUCUCUGGCAAGAUACUUAACAAUAUGGAUAUUAAUCUCACUAUUGAACAAGUUUACAGAGACUGCAAAGACAACAAAGGCAUCUACACUGCCCUGCAGCUGGAGAAUGUCUACAAUGUCAGUAAGCAUCUCACCGUUGAGGAGCACAUUAGGUACAUGAACAAUGAAUUUAAAAAGAUGAGCGUGAACCUUGAUGACAUUGUUCUCAAAGAAGAAGGAAAAAGAAACCUUCUGGAUUUCAGUGACUCGGGAGUGGAGCAAAUCGAUUAUGACACUUACUUGGCUGAGACAGGUAAAUCGUUAACAAAAGUGAAUCUCUUAACAUAUGCAAGUGGUUUAAAAGAACACGCCAACAAGUUGCCCCCCGGAGUCUUAAAAGAGUCCCUGACAAGGAACGUAAUCAAGAUCAAAGACAUUCACAAUAUCAAGUUCCUGCCUUUGGAACUGCAACUGAAAGAACUACACCAUCAAAUUCAGGAGCUUCAACAAAGAGGCAGUGGAUUGAAGGUGAAAGUGACCAAUAUUCUUGAGGCUUUGGAUUCUUCUCAGAAAUUCAUCACAAACGAUCUUCCAUCUAUUAUUAUUGAAGAAAGUAAGGAGUAUGCAGAUAUAAUCAUUUCAUAUUUUGAAUAUUAUCUGAACUGGGCCAAGAUCACUGUCAUGGAGGAAAUCGCAGCCUGCAAACCUGUGGCCACUGCUUUUGAUUCUGCUUUUGACGUCUUUCUGUGCAACUACAUUACCAAACCCAUGAAUUUGUUUUGGUUUGGCAUAGGAAAAGCUACCAUACUGCUACUUCCGGCUAUAAUUAUUGCUGUGAAGCUAGCCAAGUACUAUCGGAGGAUGGACUCGGAGGAUGUCUAUGAAGAUGAUGAAAAUAUAGCCAUGAAAAAAAUGUACAGGUCAGCCUCUAACCCUCUAUGAGCAAAGCUGGUGAACAGAUCCAACUGCACGGUUCUUGGUCUGCAGCGUCUCCAAGUAUUGGAAGAGAAACCGCCCUUUAGGAGUUUACAGAUUCCGUGGUAGCAUCCGAAACAUGCCCUCGUGGGCCCAGGGCGCAAAGUGUGCCCCUGCUUCCCACCUUUCGAAGUGGGGCUUUCGCCAUCUGAGUCUUCCCUAAGAGUUUAAAUGUGUAACACAUCCAUUCAUUUUCAGUUUAGCCUUUGGAACCAGACAUGAAUUUUGUCACAUUUCAUUGCACAGAAAGUUAGACUUGUAGUUGGAAGAAGUUCACAAAUAGCAGAUAUGAGUGUGAACAAUAAAAGAAUGGUUUCCAAA